CGUCUGCCGUGGUCGGACGGCCAGCGCCGGAAGACCUCGCGAUGUGGCAUGAGGCCCUACGCAGCCGGUGAUGUCAGUCGAGCGAGCGAGUGCCGUCAGCUGCUGGGUGGCAGGCCGGAGCCGGGGAGGCCACAGACGGCGAUGGCGGCGGGCCGCGGCGGCCGGCGCCCCUGGUGGGACCAGCUGAAGGCCGCCGUGCGACGGAAUAUCACCAUCAAAAGGCGACAGAAGCGCCGCACCGCCGCGGAGAUCUUCAUGCCGAUCUACAUCUUCGCCAUCCUGGCAAUCGUGCGCGCCGUGCAGCCCGAGACUCGGUACGCGCCGGUGGAGGCGCCGCAGGGCUCCGCCUCGGUGCUCGAGGUCGACGCGCUGUCGCCGCUGGUGCUCUACGUCGUGCCGGACGGCGAGCCGCAGCGGCAGCUGGCGCACCGGCUCAACAGCUCGCUGGCGGCGCAGGAGGUGCCGCUGGCGGCGCUGCGGAUGCUGACGACGGAGGCGGAGCUGGAGGCCAUCAGCCAACAGCCGCCGCCUCAGAUGGUGGCCGGACUGGUGCUGCCCGAGCGGCCCGGCCACAACCUGACCUACACGCUGCGGCUCGACUGGCGACUGGGACUGCCGACGGCUCGCUGGGCCGGCGACGGCGCCUGCCGCGCCGCCGGCACCGACGGCGCUGAUGGCCCACUCGAGCUCGGCGCCGGCUGCCCCGCCAACCAGUACUACUACAGCGGCUUCCUCACCCUGCAGAACUCCAUCGACGCUCUGCUGAUCGAGAUGCAAACAAACCAGACAACGUUGCCUACCAACAUGACUAUGCAGGACGGUCCGAAGAAGGAGGCGGCUGGCGGUAGCGCCUCCUUCCUGAAGAUCUUCGUGCCUCUCUACAUGGCCAUCUCGCUGUCGCAGUUCAUCACCUACCUGCUGACGCUAAUCGUCGGGGAGAAGGAGGCCAAGCUGAAGGACGGGCUGAAGCUGAUGGGGCUCAGGGACUCCGUGUACUGGACCGCCUGGUUUCUGGUAUACGCUGUCUACGUGUUCGCCGUGGCCAGUAUCUGCAUCGGCAUCAUGUACUUCAGCAAACUGUUCCCGUACUCCGAAAACAUCUACAUCUACAUCAUCUACAUCUUGUACGGGUGGUCGCUGGUCAUGUUUGGCUUCAUGCUCAGCCCAUUCUUCACAAAGGCCAAGGUGGCCGGCGGCAUCGGCAACCUGGCGGUCACCGUCAUCUCGCUGCUGUUCCUGCUGCAAGUGUUCAUGGAUCAGCUGCCGGCGUGGGUGUUCUGGGUGCUCUCGCUGCUCAGUCCCCUCGCCUUCACCUUCGGCAUCGGACGGGCGGUCGAUCUCGACACCCGCAAGAUUGGCCUGAACUCAGGCAACGUCUGGGUGGCCGAUGGAAGCGUGCCCUUCGGCGGCUGCAUCCUCAUGAUCUGCCUCGACAUCCUGCUGUACGCCUUCCUGGCGUUCUACCUCGACAACGUCCUGCCCAACGAGUAUGGCCGCCGCGAGUCGGUGUUCUUCAUCUUCAAGAAGUCCUACUGGAUGGGCUCGAGCAAGACUAUGCUGCUGCAGGACACCGACUCGCAGUACGUGUCUGUGGAUCAGGAGGCCACUAAUGCCGACGUGGAGCCCGUGUCAGCCGAGGUCAAGAGCAAGCUGGCGCUGCGUGUGCUGGCACUCAGGAAGGAAUUCCACACCAAGAGCGAGACCGUGGUGGCUGUCGACGACCUGAGUCUGGACAUGUACGAGGACCAGAUCACGGCGAUCCUGGGCCACAACGGCGCCGGCAAGACCACCUUCUUCAACAUGCUGACCGGUCUCACCAUGCCAACCGGAGGCACGGCCACCAUAUACGGCCUGGACAUCACGGACCCAGCCGAUAUACGCGAGCUGUGGGGCAUGAUCGGUCUGUGUCCGCAACACGACAUCCUGCUGGACGACCUGACGCCGCGCGAACACCUCGCCUUCCUGGCGAUGCUCCGGGGCGUCGCACCCGAGCGUGUGGAGGCCGAGGUCAACUCGACCCUGGCCGACGUCGACCUGAGCGAGAAGGCGGACGAGGUGGUGCGCGGCCUAUCCGGCGGCCAGAAGCGCAAGCUCUCGGUCGGUCAGGCGCUGAUCGGUGACCCGCGCAUUGUGAUCCUGGACGAGCCGACGGCUGGCGUGGACCCGUACUCGCGCCGGCACAUGUGGAGCCUGCUGCAGAGGCGCAAGAAGGGCCGCCUCAUGCUGCUCACCACCCACUUCAUGGACGAGGCCGACAUCUUGGCUGACCGGAAGGCCGUCGUGUCGUCUGGCCGACUCCGCUGCUGCGGCUCCUCCAUGUUCCUCAAGAACCGCUUCGGGCUGGGCUACCACCUCACGGUCGUGCGGGGCGCCACGGCCUGCGAGGAGGACCUGGACCGGAUCGUCGCCUCGCACGUGCCCGACCGAGAGAGCGGCCGCUCACACGGCAACGAGCUGAGCUUCGUGCUGCCCAUGGCUUCGGUGAGCCAGUUCCCAGAGCUGUUUGCUGAUCUGGAGAAGCGGCAGACGCAGUUGGGCGUCCAGAGCUUUGGCAUAUCACUCACCACCCUGGAAGAGGUGUUCCUGCACCUGUCUGAGAUGGAUCCGGACAGCCAGCUGUCGGCGGCCGGCGAGCGGUCCUCGUUCUCGGCCGGCGGCCGCUCGUCCUGCGACAGCGGCGUCGAGACGGUGCAGCUGGGCGAGCGGGACGCAGCGCCGGUCGCGGCGCCCGCCGUCGCCGUCCAGCCGUCCAUCGGCCGCGCCAUACGUGCCCUUCUCAAGGUCCGCGUGCUGAACCUGCUCCGUGUCCCGGCCACCAUAAUCUUCGUGAUCAUAAUGCCGGCGGCGCUGAUGGUCGGCGGCUUGAUGGUGAACAGGGGCUCGAGCGGCGGCGGUGGCGGCGGCGAAACCACGCUCCGCUUGGGACCUGACAUGUACGACGACUACCACCUGCUGUACCACAACGUCUCCGGCUACGAUGUGGAGACGGCGGUGCUGGACGGCUGGGCCAUGGAUUCGCGACCCUACAACGGCAGCUUCCUCUCGCUGGUGGACGACAACCACGCGUUGGCUGGCUUGACGCUGUCGGCCGCCGACCAGGCGCUCGCUGUACUGCAUGACCAGGCGCCCCAUUCGCCCGCCAUCGUACUGAACGCCCUCAACAACGGCCGGCUGAGAGCUCUGUUGCAGUCGGCGCACAACGCCUCGUCGCGGCUCACGGUGUUCUCCAAGCCUCUUCUGAACUCGCAGAAGACCGCCUCCUUCGACGGCAGCGUCUUCUCCUCAGCGUUCAUGGUCGGCUUCCUCUUCCUGCUGGUGCCGUGCAACAUCGCGAUCGAGCUGGUCCAGGAGCGGGAGCUGAAGAUUCGAAACCAGCUUCGCGUGAACGGCCUGAGCUUCACCACGUACUUCAUGUCCUUCUUCAUCGUGAUGAUCACGCUGUUCGUCAUUCUGUGGGCCAUCAUGCUGAUCGUGGUGCAAGCCGCCUCGGUCGAGCUGCUCUCCUCCGGACCUGCGUUCACCAUGCUGGCCAUGCUGUACCUGGAGUAUACGGUGGUCGGCCUGCUCUUCGCCAGCAUCUGCUCUUACUUGUUCGACAAGAUGGAGACUGCCAUGUCCGUUUACCCCAACCUGGCCAUGAUGUGCGGCAUACUGCCGUACAUGCUGGUCUCUCUGCUGGACUCACUGGUGCCGGAAUCCAACGUGGCCGAGCCGCUUCACUACGUGUUCACCGUCAUCGAUCCGUUCUACCUGCCCUGCGGGGCGCUCUACUUCCUCUCCAAGACGUACGUGAUGGUGAGGCUGCUUGAGAACCGGGCGCCCGACUACAGCGACUACUGGAGCGAACCAGUGUUUCUGGUGCCGAUGCUGGUGCAGCUGGUGCAGAUUCCGCUGCUCUGGUUCGUCCUGCGCCGCGUCGACGCCAAGAAAAACGGCCUGGACAACAUACCGAGCUGUCUGCCGCGCCGGGGUCGGAAGGGCGGCCUGGUCGGGCUGGAGGCGGCGAGGUCGUCGGGCGGUGCGGCUCCCGACGAGGACGUGCUGCACGAGGAGCGGCGCGUGCAGGACAUACUGUCCGGCCAGUGGGCAGGCCCUGCGCCGGUCAUCGCCGCCCAGGACCUCACCAAGCUGUACCCCAGCCAGAGCAAGGAGAAGGGCGACGACGGCGGCGUCUUCCGCGCCGUCGGCGGCGUCAGCUUUGCCGUCGACGCCGGCGAGGUGUUCGGCCUGCUGGGGCCCAACGGCGCCGGGAAGACCACCACCAUGCGCAUGGUGAUCGCCGAGGAGGCGCCGACGCGCGGCCAGAUCGCCAUCGCCGGCAGCCUGGUCACCGACAGUCUGUCGGAGGCGUUCAGCAAGGUCGGCUACUGCCCCCAGUUCGACGCUCAGUGGAGAUUCAUCACCGUGGAGGAGCACCUGCAGUGUUUCGCCCAGAUCCGGGGCAUCUCACCGGCUGAUUCGAAGCUGGUGGCGCGGCACUACAUCGAGGGUCUGCAGGUCGGCGAGCACGCGGCAAAGCGCAGCCAACACUGCUCGGGUGGCACGCGCCGCAAGCUCAGCUACGCACUCAGCAUGCUGGGCGAGCCACGCAUCGUGCUGCUGGACGAGCCGUCCACCGGCAUGGACCCGCAGUCCAAGCGCUUCCUCUGGGACACGAUCGCGGCCGGCUUCCAGGGCGAGCGGGGCGCCAUCCUGACCACCCACUCGAUGGAGGAGGCGGACGCGCUCUGUACGCGGCUCGGUAUCAUGGUGCGCGGCAGUCUCAGGUGCCUGGGCUCGACGCAGCACCUAAAGAACAAGUACGGCGGCGGCUACGUGCUGGAGAUGAAGCUGGUGAGCGGCCCUGCGGCUGACGUAGCCGACCGUCUAGAAAAGGUGCAGCGACUGGUGAGCGAGCUGUUUGCCUCCGCCGUCGUCGAGGAGAACUACGGCGAGAGGCUGCGGUACAGCAUUCCGCAGGAGGACGUGGACUGCCUGUCGCGCGGCUUCGGCGCCCUCCAGGACGCCAAGGCGCGCCUGGGUCUGGAGGAGUACAGCCUGAGCCAGACGACGCUGGAGCAGGUGUUCCUGAGGUUCGCGCGGGAGCAGGAAGGCCUGUGACGCGGCCGCCGUAUCACAGCGGCUGCUGCGGCGCGAACACACGGCUGGCCCUGCUUCCCGCUAACAACGCCUCCGAACUUCCGGCAUUUUAGGAGGGCUUCGGAUGGGAUGGUGCCAAAAGAAUACCGCUAAAAGAUGUCAAUGUUGUGAUGGCGUCCUGCCGCAACACAAGUUGGUGUUGUUCAGCUGUAAUUUGCUGCGCCGUUGUGAUUUGUUGAGCUGAUCAAGGUACUUCAUGGGUGACGCCAGUAAAUCUGUCGAUGAGCUUUAUCGAAUUGUGUAGUUGCAUGUGUCAAGACGGCUGAGCAAGGCAUGCCGUGUCUGAGGUUGUUUCUGCGUUGAGGUAAAUCCAUUCUUAAAUUAGUGUGCUAGGAUAUUGGUUGAGGCUUUCGGGUUUCGGCUGGGGUUAUGGAUGGGUAAGAUAGCGAUAGCACUUUCAUGUCCUAGCCAUACAAGUUCAAAACUGUCGCUCUUUUUCUUUUUCCCGUCAUCACCUCCAGUGUGGCCUCCAUUAUCUGCGUCUGAUCCAGUCGCUCCAUGGCCCAUUCUUUUGUUAUGUUGUCUGUUGUUGUUACCCGGUGUGUUGUUAUUCCUGUGGCAUGUAUCGCAGCCGGGCCUACUGGUGCCGUUCGGGAUCCCUGUGGCGCGAGGGGGAUGUCUACCUCGCCCCACCCCGCCGUGCUGUGCACGUAUGGCACGAGGAGACGUUUCUUCCUCCCCACCCCGCCGUUCAAUGCAUGUAUGGCACGAGGAGAUGCUUAUCCCUCUCCACCCCGCCGUCCAGUGCAUGUAUGACACGAAAAGACGUCCUGCUCGCCCCACCCCGCCGUCCAGUGCAUGUGUGGCGCGAGGAGACGUCUUCCUCGCGCCACCCCGCCGUCCAGUGCACAUGUGGCGCGAGGAGACGUCUUCCUCGCGCCACCCCGCCGUCCAGUGCACAUGUGGCGCGAGGAGACGUCUUCCUCGUCCCACCCCGCCGUCCAGUGCAUGUGUGGCGCGAGGUGGCGUCUUCCUCGCGUCACCCCGCCGUCCA